CAAAGCUUUCUUUAAACGUGGAUACGCAUCGAUCAUGCACCAGUCGAUUGUAACUAACGUCCCUUGCCUGACACGUCGGCCAUGGCAGGGUCAUCGUACGGCGCCGCGAGUUGAAAUUGACCGGUGGCGUUGCUGCCGUUAUAGAAGCUUCCUUCCGCUGUCCGAUGAGAAGAAAAAAUGUCCCCACGGAUGACUUCUCCGAGCUUGCUUUCCGGCGACGCAAAGAGCGCGAGAGCGAGAGCGAGCUAUCCGCCGUGGCUGCUGGCUUCUCAUCCUUGCUCUGCUGACACCGGCCGGUCGGGCAGGAACAUCUCGCUUUCUGACCCGUGAUCCGACCACGCAACCUCCCCUUAAUCACCCCAUUUAUAAACCAAACAAAACAAACGAACCACAGGCCGCUUCAAAUCGACGCACAACCGCCCGGGAACCAACCAAGCUCCACGGAUCCUGUUAAACAGAGCCGCCAGGUUGCCCCGUUUCCGUUUCAUGGGUGGUCUCGGGGCCAUGGACGCCGCCGGUGCCGCCACGCCGGCGGCCGUCGAGGACCUCCCGGCCGACGUCCUGGCCCUCGUCCUCCGCCGCCUCGACGGCGCGUCCCUGGCCGCCGUCGGGUGCGCGUGCUCCGCCCUCCGCGACCUCGCCGCCGACCCGGGCACCUGGCGCGGACUCUGCCUCGCCAUGUGGCCCUCCCUUCGCGACGUCCCUUGCUUCUCCCGCGCCUCCGCCGGCGGUGGGCACUACUACCGCGCGCUCUUCGCCGACGCCUUCCCGUUCCCGGACACCACACCGUCGAUACCGCCGCCGGCGGUGCCCGGAUCGGCGGGCUCGCGGCCGCGAUCACCCCUGCCCGCGCGCCUCGUCUCGGCCGUCGACCUCCACCACGGCGGCGCCUGCAUCAUGUCCCGCGUCGUGGAGACGGACGCCGCGUCGGGGUGGUUCCUGGGCGCGCCGUUCCGCGUCGACGCGCUCGUGCAGGAGGGCUUCACGGCGCCGUUGUCGCCGGCGACGACGAUCGCGCCGGGGGACCUCGCGCUUAGCUGGAUCCUCAUCGACCCGGCCACCGGCCGCGCCCUCAACGCCUCCAGCCGCCGCCCGGUCUCCGUCGACCGCAAGUGGCUCACGGGCGACACCGUGGCGCGCUUCGCCAUCGUGCUCCCCGGCGCCGACGCCGGUGGCUCCGACGUCGCACUGGAGGCCGCCGUGACGUGCGACGAGCGUCGCGGGCACGUGCGGGAGGUGAGCCUGUGCGCGGAGGGCGGCGACGGCGGCGGGGUCAGCGGCCGGGACGCGCUGGCCGCGGUCGCCGCGGCCAUGGCCGGCGCGAGGCGGGGCGGCCGCGGCGCCGAGGGCGCGGCGAGGCAGCGGUACGAGGAGUUCGUCAGGGGAGAGAGGGCGCGCAAGGAGCGGAAGGCCAGGCGGGAGGGCAUCGUCGACCUCUGCUGCUCCGGCGUCGGAGCCGCGGCGUUCCUCGGCUUCCUCGUCAUGCUCACGCUCCGGUGAGAGGCGACGGCGUUGACUUGUACAGGGAGUGUAAAGACGAUCGUGUUGGGGGUUGUACGGUCGGCUGUCACGAUGAAAUGUACAGCUGAGAGUUGCCAUCAUGCAGUGGCGUCCUUUUGCCGCUAUUAAUUCUUCAGAAAGCAAAGUUUAAGAAAAAGAAAUACAAUACUUUUCUAAAA